CGCGACUGCCUUCCCCCCGCACAGAUAAACUUCAAGAUCAUGACAACCUUGCCCUUCGAUCCUAUUGAUAGUUUAUGAACCAAGCCGUAUGAAUUGAAUACGAAGCAUGGAGAAAUUCUUGCGUGAUUGGCGUCAGGAUGCAUUGAAUAAACAUCAGUACGACUCGGCCAUCUUCAUUGGAGACAAACUGCUGGCCUUGACGAACAAUGACAAAGAUGCAUUCUGGCUUGCUCAAGUCCACUUCUCCACUGGAAAUUAUACUCGCGCCCAGAGCUUCCUGGCGAAGCAAGACUUGGUGUCGAGGAACCCAUCAUGCCGAUAUCUAGCUGGCCACUGUCUCAUAAAGCAAGGGAGAUUUGAGGAAGCUUUAAAUAUACUGGGAGAGAACAAUCCUACACAUUUAAUAGGAACGGCGGGCAACAACAGGCGGAAGAUGCAACAUACCGGUGGACAUACCAGGACCAACUCAGUACACAGCAAGACAUCGAAGUCAAGCAAGCGAGACGAAGCAGCUCAAGAAGAGGAUGCAAACAUACGAUUUGAGGCGGCAAUGUGCUUUCUGAGGGGCCUUUGCUAUGCCAAACAGAACGCCUUCGAUAGGGCAAAGGAGUGCUACAAAGAUGCUGUUGGAAUUGAUGUACAAUGCUUCGAGGCAUUUGAGCAGCUGAUGAAGAACUGCCUCAUGUCGCCAGAUGAAGAAUGGCAGUUUUUGGAGUCUCUUGACUUUGAUGCCAUAUCUGCAGAUGACCCAUCAUCACAAGAAGCAGCUGAGUUCACCAAAAUGCUGUACACAACACGCCUCUCCAAAUACAAAAAUCCUGUCGCCUUCACCACAGCCACUGAAACGCUUUCCACACACUACAACUUAGCAUCAAACCCCGACCUUCUUCUCUCCAAAGCCGACCUUCUAUUCACCCAAUGUCGUUUCAAAGAAGCCCUCCGCAUUACGUCCUCUAUAAUCCAAGGUGACAAGUACAACUUCGCCAUUUAUCCACUGCACCUCGCCUGCUUGUACGAGCUAAAUGAGAAGAACGCCCUAUUCCUUGUCUCCCACGAUCUGGCCGACAACCAUCCUGAUGAACCAUGCACUUGGCUUGCUGUGGGAAUCUAUUACCUCGCCACGUCUAAAAUUGCAGAAGCACGGCGGUACUUCUCAAAAGCAUCGAUGAUGGACCCGCAUUUUGGCCCUGCAUGGAUUGGAUUCGCGCAUACCUUCGCAGCAGAAGGCGAGCACGACCAAGCUAUUUCAGCCUACAGCACUGCCGCAAGACUGUUCAUGGGCACGCACUUGCCACAGCUGUUCUUAGGCAUGCAGAACUUGCUUCUUAAUAAUAUGACGCUGGCGGAUGAGUUUUUGAAGACGGCGUAUGGACUAUGCAAGACUGACCCGUUACUACUGAACGAAAUGGGGGUUGUAUUUUAUCAUCAAGACCACCUCGAUAACGCGGUGACGAUGUUCAAGACAGCUUUAACGAUUGCCGUGGAAAUUGACAGCGAACCUUCUGCCUGGAUCUCAACACAAGCAAACCUGGGCCAUGCAUACCGCCGACUGGGUCGCUGGGAUGAAGCCUUGGAGUCCUUCGAAGAGGUACUCCGAAUGGGCGGCAAAGAUCCGCAAGUUUUCUGUGCAAAGGGCUUGGUGUUGAUGGAACAAGGAAAAGCGUUUGAGGCAGUAGGAGUACUUCAUGAAGCCCUUGGGAUUAGCCCGCAAGAUUCAAUUGCAACGGAGUUAUUGAAUCGUGCAUUGGAAGAGACAGCCGAAGGAGGUAUGGGCGAUAUACUUGGGGAAGUUGAUGACGAAGCCUGGGAAAGGGAGCUAGAAGAGAGGAAACGAGAGGCUAAAGUCAGGGAGAUGGGAAAGGGGAAGGAGAGGUAUAGAAGCGCCAUGAGGGGGAAAGGGAGGGGAAGCAGUAGGGGGGUUGAAGUGGACAGUUUGAUGGAGUUGAGUAGUGAUGAUUAACGAUGGAUGAACCGGCCGAGCCGUGGAUGGGCUAAGUGACGAGCAACGCUUGAAGGGAAUUGGCAUAUUAUUGAUAAAACAUAUUCCACCAGUGCAUGACGCUCCACAAAACACUGCCGCUUCUGGGCGGCUCUCACAAAUCGCUGUUCGUCCCAGUUGUUGGAAUAUUUGCAAAUGAGUUCUAAAUAUCUUUACAUAAACCAUCGACA